GGUAUCGCACGUCCUGUCCGUGUUACGGUUCUUGUUGAUGACAAGCCAAGUAUGUCGAUGGAUGAAUUGGUUGGAAUAACCAAUGCACUUUGCUAUGCGCACGGCAUUGUCACAUCACCGAUUUCACUUCCCCCACAUCUCUAUGCAGCAGCCGAUCUUGCUAAACGAGGGCGUAACAACUUCAGGACUGAACAUGGCGGUGAAGCACGUAAGCGCUUCGUCAAUGACGGCUCGGAGGAUUAUUUCCCGAGAAUGUCAGCGGAACUUGCAAAUAAACUGCCGCACAAAUUUUGGGCUUGA